UCAGCUAAGAGGCCAACCCGGUGCUUCUGCUAACACAAGGGGCACACCUUGGCCAGGGCCGUGUCCGUACAAAACUUCCACUCGCAAAGUACCGACUUAACUGGGGAAGUUAUGCUAAAAGGAGAUUCCCAACCUAAAACGAGCAGGUUGGGCUUCCUUUAAUAUUCCAGAAUUUAUAUUCUUGCAGUUAGAAAAAGCUGGCCAUAAGAUCAAACAGACUGAAUGGAUGACUGAUAUCUGGAAACUUCUCUUAAAACUAUAUCAGGACCAAAAAAAGGCUGCUAACGGCCUGUCACUGACUCACUCUCUCCCUCUACCUGUAUCUUCUUCUAUCUGAAUUACUUGGUCAGAUGCUAUCUCAUUUUUUUCCUUUCUCUUCCAACUCGUCCACCUCCUGCUGUUUGCCUUUACGCAGCAAAGGAGAAGUAAAGAGAGAGAGAAAAAAAACCACCUUUUACGGAAUACUCUGGCUUGAUACCCAAUCAUCAUUCUCUAAUCACCACAAUCAUCCUUUGCUUGAAUCCGCCUCUUAGAAGGUUUAGACGAGGAUGUAGCUGCUCUGGUCAGAAAGACGGUCUAGGUUGGUCCGAGUUACACAAUUAACGCUUGUUAGACUGCUGGACCAACUUUUCAGAACCACCAAAAGAAAGAAAAGGCGUUCAGUUGUGCCAGCUGAGUACACAAUGCCAGCUGAACGUGAACCGACUCCCAACCAGCUUAAUUCCAACCAGUAGAGAAACUUAGCUUGAAAAACAAAAGGAAGUCCCGAGGAAAUAAGUCCUAACGAGGAGAACCUGAUUUUCUAUCCCUGUUGCCUUGAGAUCAGAGCUCCCAGGAUCACUUACCUUAUCGUGAAACUGAAGAAAGAAAAACAGGGAAUGAAGCCUUUAAAAAUAUUUCUUACAUACUGACGCGGGCCGCACCAUGAAGCCGUCCCUGCUGACCUGGGCCCUGCUGCUGCUGGCGACUCUCCCCGGCCUGGGCCUCCGGCCUGCUGCAGGUGCCCAGCUGAGCUGCUCCCAGCGCUGCGGAGACCAGAGUGGGCCAUGUUCCUGCCACCCGACCUGCUUUGGCCUGGCCAGCUGCUGUGUGGACAUCCGGGAUUUCUGCCUGGAGAUCUCGCCCUACUCUGGCUCCAUGAUGGGGGGCAAGGACUUUGUGGUCCGGCAUCUCAACUGGUCCAACCCCGGCACUGACAGCGUGAUCUGCAGCUUUAAGGAGAGCAUCCAGACCCAUGGCUAUGUGGACGCCUCGGGCCGAGUGCACUGCGUGUCACCCCUGCUCUACGAGUCUGGCCGCAUCCCGUUCGCGCUCUCCAUGAACAAUGGCCGCUCCUUCCCGCGCUCGGGCACCUGGCUCUCUGUGCACCCAAGUAAAGUGUCGGACUCCGAGAAGAGCCAGCUGGUGAAUGAGACCCGCUGGCAGUACUACGGCACUCCUGGCACGCAGGGCAACCUCACCCUGACCUGGAACACCUCGGCCCUGCCCUCGGACACCGUCACCAUCGAGCUGUGGGGCUACGAGGAGACGGGGAAGCCGUAUUCCCAGCAGUGGGCAGCAGCGUGGUCAUACCUGUAUUCCUUGGCUACCAACAUCCACAACUCCGGUUCCUUCACCUUCACGCCGAAACCUGCCCCGCAGAACUUCCAGAGAUGGGAAGUGGGUUCCCUCCGCAUCGUGGACAGCAGACACCGCGCAGGGGAGCCGGAUGUGCAAGCGAUCUGGAGCAACGAGCACGCGCUGGCCUGGCACCUGGGUGAAGACUUCCGGAUGGACCCUGUGGCCUGGGCCCGAAACCAGUGCCUGGCCUGGGAGGAGCUGGAGGACCAGCUGCCCACAUUCCUGGAGGAGCUGCCCGACUGCCCCUGCACCCUGGCCCAGGCCCGGGCUGACUCCGGCCGCUUCCACACAGACUACGGCUGUGACCUGGAGCAGGGCAGCGUGUGCACCUACCACCCAGGCGCUGUGCACUGCGUGCGCUCGGUGCAAGCCAGCCCCCGGUACUACUCCGGCCAGCAGUGCUGCUACACUGCGGACGGCACGCAGCUCCUGACGGCUGACUCCACCGGGGGCAGCACCCCGGACCGCGGCCACGACUGGGGCUCACCCCCCUACCGCGUGCCGCCCCGCGUGCCGGGCCUCUCCCACUGGAUCUACGACGUCAUCAGCUUCUACCACUGCUGCCUCUGGGCGCCUGAGUGCUUCCGCUACAUGAACAGGCGGCCCUCCAGCGACUGCCGCAGCUACCGGCCCCCGCGCCUGGCCUCCGCUUUCGGGGACCCACACUUCGUCACUUUCGACGGCACCAACUUCACAUUCAACGGCCGUGGCGAGUACGCGCUGCUGGAGGCAGCGCUGACCGACUUGCGGGUGCAGGCGCGGACCCAGACCAGGGUGACGCCCGAGGGCUCUCAGGACCGAGGCACGGGGCUGACUGCGGUGGCCGUCCAGGAGGCCAACUCAGACGUGGUAGAGGUCCGGCUGGGGGACGGGGCGGGGGUCCUGCAGGUGCUGCUGAACCAGGAGGUGCUCAGCUUUGCGGAGCAGCGCUGGAUGGACCUGAAGGGCAUGUUCCUGUCGGUAGCCGCUGGGAACAGAGUAUCAGUCAUGCUGGCGUCAGAGGCCGGCCUGGAGAUCAGCCUCCAAGGGCCGUUCCUGAGUGUGGCGGUCCUGCUGCCUGAGAAGUUCCUGACCCACACGCGGGGCCUCCUCGGGACGUUCAACAACGACCCAGCCGACGACUUCACCCUGCGCAGCGGGGAGGUCCUGCCGCCCAGCGCCAGUUCUCGAGAACUGUUCCGGUUCGGGGCUGACUGGGCCGUGCCGAAUGCCUCCUCCCUGCUCACCUACGACUCCAAGUUCCUGGUGGAAAACUUCAAGGAACGGCCUAAGCAUGACCCCACUUUCCUGCCCCUCUUCCCCGAGGAAAGCUCCGCGAGCCCCAGCCAGGCGAGUGCGGCAGCUGACCUGUGUGGGGACGACAGUUUCUGCAAAUUCGACGUGGCGGCUACCGGGAGCCUGAGCGUGGGCAACGCCUCGCGAGUGGCCCACAUGCAGCACCGGAUUCGCGUGCAGAGCCUGCAGCCCGUGGUGUCCUGCGGCUGGCUGGCCCCGCCUGCCAACGGACACAAGCAGGGCGAGAGGUACCUAGUGGGUUCCACCGUCCGCUUCCGCUGCAACAACGGCUACAGCCUGGCUGGGGCAGAUGCCAGCACCUGCCAGGCUGACGGCACCUGGUCCUGGCCCACCCCCACGUGCCAGCCAGGACGGAGCUACGCGGUGCUGCUGGGCAUCAUCUUUGGAGGCCUGGGGCUGGUGGCCCUGGUUGGGCUUGGCUACUGGCUCCUACGCCGCAGGAAGAGCAACACGGCCGUCUGGGGUUCACAGCCCUGAGCGAAGCACACUUGGCCAGUGGCACGAGAUGCACGGGGCCUCCCCGAGGCCAAAGCCCAGCCUCCCAAACUUCCAAGAACCUGCACCCCAGUACUUGAAUACUCCGGUUCCUAGCGCCAGACACGUGCAACCUGGACACCUGGUACCUGAGCUUUUCAAGCCAAGUGCCCUGCUCUGUCACCGAAGACCCGAACCCCGAACUGUAACCGGGGAGCUCCCGUGGCUCUGUUCCCUGCAUACCCCAAACCCUAGUUCUCCAGGCCCUGGGCUCCGUACCCUUGAAUCCUGAGGCCUGUCUCCCGAACCCUGACAUGCCAGCACCUGAUGUGUAAAGGCCAGUACCUCAGAUCCCGUGCCCGCGCCCCUGACCCCCAGUGUGAGCCUGCUGACCCAGCAAUGAGCCCCAGGGCCGAGCUGCCUUGAUUCCCAGGCCCUGGGCCUGGCUGCCCGAGACUGUGGCUGGGUCCAGCCUUGGGCGUGGACCUUCUAAGCUCCAGUCUUGUAACUCCAAGUCUUACGGAACGUCUCCUGACAGACUCCUUGCCUGUGGAGGCAGAAAACAAGCUCUGGUGCCCCUC